AUGGCGGAGAAGAAAAGACCGCGUAAGCGGAAGGCCGCUGGUGGUCACCGUAAUCACCUUGUUGGUGAUAGGCACCUGCCGCUCGAGCAAGCUCUGGAUUCCGGGAUCAUAUACGGGGCUUCACUGCCCAUAUCUCGUAUCAACAGGCUGAUCGAUAGGGAAUGUGUGGAGAUUGACGCUAAAUGUUACGGUACUCGAGUAUUGCCACUGGGUAGACUUCUGAGAAACUUCAGAAACUUCGUAUCAACGGUGCCGAAAGAGCUGUUAACUCGUGAAUUUAUCGAAAAGCCGGAGUAUCAACGUUGUUUCCGAACGGAAUUUAAUGCCUGCUGGUCCAACUUCGAAUACGGCGUCCCAGACAGCGUUGAUGUGGUCGGUAGGGGAGCGCUUGGAUUCCUCAGCCGACAACACCCUACGCUGGAUGUGUCCUUAAUGUUGCCUCAGUCAAUAUUUAACCCUAAGGAUUACAUUAAUUAUCGCUAUCUUAACAAACGAAAUGCCUGGUUAUGUCGAUUAUACGAGGAUAUACGUGUGGCAUUUGAGGCAGGUGAAUCUAACCCGCUGCUGAAGGGAUUGGAGCAAUGUCAUCUGGUCGCCGAACUACAUUUCCGCAGACCGAAAGUGUACAUUGAUUUUCUCCUGGUUGUGAGUAAUGUCACCUAUCGCCUUCGUGUAUCGGCUCACGUUGACGAGGGCACGUUCAAGCACGCGGCUAUGGCGCCGGCUAGAAAUAAUGUAAGGUCGCCAACCACGCUAUUUAAGUCUUCUGGGAUGUCUGAAGCUCCUGCCGAAUCGGAUAUGCGCCCAACGCCCACUUACAACGCUGCAAUAUUGGAGGAUCUGAUCAAAUCCCGUCUCAACCUUAAACUCAGAGAUGCAUUCGUACGCCAUGCUAAAAUGCGGGGAGCUUUAACGUUGCUAACGGUAUGGAUGCGAACGCAAGGUCUAAUGGCUACUCAUUUGGGGUGCAAAUCCGACACAUUGCAUAACGUGGCAUCGACAAGCUGUUCGAAGGGCUUUGACCCUGAAUACAAGCGUCGACGCCUACAAAAGAUCAAAGACAGCGCAGAUGGUCACGUAUCUAACAGUGAUUCGGCGGAAGAUGAUAUCAACAGUGACGCAACGCCGAGUUCUUCAGUUACCGCAGGUUCCAGCGGUUCGAGUGCAACGAGUGGAGUAGGCGAUGAAACGUCCAAAUCCCCGAUACAAAAUGGUGUAUCAUUUGAUAAUGGACUUACAGGGUGUGUCAUGGCACUAAUUCUAUGCCACGUGGUGUCGAUCAACCGUUUCCCCCCUGAGAUAGAAGCCUUUCCGCUUUUUCUGGCCGCGCUCAAAUUCAUGGCAUCGAUGGAUCUGAAAGAACGAUACUAUGUAAUUGGACGAGACAAGCCAUUCAGUCGUGACGGUGCUGACAUCUCUGGCAAGGUAGACUCCACCACGGCAGUUCCAACCCCCGAGGAAGCUAGCGACGAGGAUGGCGCCACACUACUAGAGGCGCAACAGAAGGCCGUUCACAACAUCUCGAUUCCGGAGUUGUAUCUGGAUGGUACAUUGUCAUUUAACGUACUUCACAAAGUGGUGGUCACUUUUCAGGAGGUCGUUUCCAAAGGCAAGGCUACACUCGCUACUGCCAAGGAUCUCUCUAGCCCCUUCUUGUAUUCCCAGCUGUUUGAUAUAUGGCAUGACGCUCGAUGUUACACUGAUGUGAGGUUGAUAUUAAAUUCAUGCCCUAUGUUGUCAGGCUUCGAUAUCUGGGAGUUGGGUGAGUCCGAGUACAUGGCCGCAAGGAUGAGGUCCAUCUUGGAGUACGGAUUAAAAGACAGACUCGCUCAUCUGUACUUUAGGAUGUCGGAAAAUAAUGCCCUAAUGGUGCUGAUUGGCUUCGAUGAAUCCGUGCAGCGAUCAACUGAUGUGGGACCUGCGACGAAUUCGCCUGAAAGCAUAUAUUUCCGUCACUUUUGGAAACGCCUUACCGAAACUCGCAGCUUUGCGGAUGGAUCCAUUUGCGAAUGCAUCCUGUGGAACAAGGUACUUCCGGAUAUUGAGGAGGAUCCAUCUGCUAGUUCCAGCCUUGAACGCCUUGCCGGCCGCAAUUUGAACGUGCAGAUUCUCUCCACCAUCCUCCAGUUACACUUUGAACAGUUAAAGCCAGUGAUAUUGGAUAGUAAUACGUCAGUUUCACUUGAGAAGCCGAAGAUUAAAGGCGAUGACAAGCGUCACCCGAUGUACGUGGAGUUGCCCAUAGUCGUGUCUGACAAUCGACUGGCUACGGAUCACCGGACGAAACUCAUGAACGCUUACAACGAACUCAACGGAUUGCUGCGCUCACUUGAUAACGUUCCUUUGAAGGUCUCAAAUGUGUACGUUUGCAGCCCUGAAUUCGGUUACGCAGAUGUUGGACCGUCGAAACUGCGCCACCGAUUGCUGGUCGAGUUAGAAACCUCCACCAAAUGGCCAAAGGAUCCUGCCGCAAUUUUGAGUGUCAAGAUUGCGCUGGGCAUUGCGAUGUUGAAGGAACUAUUCAAGAACCAUGAGAUUAAAUCGCGUAUGUCCGAAAAUGGUGACAUGGAGCUUCAGUUGCAGGGGAUAAAAUUCUGCAUCAAAAUCCUAUGCCAAAGGGAAACUCAACCGUUGAUCGAGUCCAUCAGAAAUUUCGAACCUGCUGUGAACAAGUUGCCAACCAAUAACUCGUUAGAGAUGGUGCGGGAAUACUUCCGAUCUGUCCAGGUUGAACGGUGCAAGGUGGGCGCCUUAAAAUCCCCAAGCUUCAGUGCCAGCGUCCGCCUUAGCAAGGCUUUUACGGCCAGUUGCAUCGUGCCCAAUGGCGACUUUCUGUGUGAAAUGGUGAACUGGUUCAUAUUCACAUCCCAUGAUUUCCUUCUGUCGCCCCCGAUGUCUGGGUAUACCGGCUUUAUGCGGUUCCUGUACCUGGUGGCCCACUACAAUUGGGAAAAUCGACCGAUGCUAAUUUAUGACGAAAAUCCAAAAUACGACAUGCUGGAGUCGAAAAGGCCAUCAUGGGCGCCUUAUUUCUGGAUAUCCACCCCAGAGGACCCCUACUGCCUAGUGCCGAAUAUGCCUUCUACCAUGAUAUCAAAACGGUUCGUCGGGCAGUGCCAGCGGUUCAUCGCCAAGUUGGACGAGCAUUCCAUGAAGCCGCUCAACGUGUCGUCAUUUUUCGGGGCAGAAAGCAGGGCGUACAACAUGACGUUGGAACUGGAGAACCUGUACCGUAAGCUUAAGUACUCAGCAGAUGGCGAAUCUUACAAGCUCUCACAGCAAGAGGCGCACUUCAUCCUGAACACCUUCGUAGUCAGCCUGAAGAAGUCAUUCGCAGGAAUUCUGGAACUGGCGUACAACGAUCUGGAGUUGCAAGGCGUCCACACUCCCGCUGGCAACAUCACGAUCUACGUCAAGAUUAACCCCAUGGCCUGCAUACCUACAGGCAGCCCCAAAUGGUCAUGGCCGCUUCACAUGAUAACUCGGGAUGGUCGCACCAUAUUCGUCCCAAACAUGCCGGCCAUAUUGAUCCACAUUCAUUCAAUGGGGGAGGGGCUGUUACGAGAUAUAAAGUUUACUUAA